AGUACGACAUUUUUCCACGCGUUUACAUAUUCAGCAAGUAUUUCGAGAAUAAAAUGAACAAUAUUGAUAAAUAUAAUGUGAAAAGAGGUUUUUGUACGGAGUGUAAUGAGUGUCCAGAGUUCGAGAGGAAUCAGGAUUCAACUAAAAACGUUUGUGGAUAUUGUGGGUGCUAUCCUACAAAACACCGAAAAUUGUCAGUAGAUUCAAUUCAUGAUGAUUCUAAUUCAGAUGUUUCACAAAAUACUUCUGGUGAAAAUGAAAAUUCAUUGCAAUUAUCCGAGGAUUCAUCGGAUGUGGUCGAUAGAAGUGUGUUGCAAGAAUCUGGAAGCGAAGAAAUAGAAAUAAACGAAACGACUGAUCUAAGCACGUUAAUACCGGAAUUUCCCACAGAAAUACAGGAACUGAUCGAUGAAGACAAGAAACUGUUAGCUUCUCAAAUAUCAGUAAUAAUUAGAUUAGUUACUGAAAAAUUGAUGGAAAAAAAUUUGGAUAUACCAGGAAUAAUUUUAGAAAUGUCAAUUUUGCUGACUGAUAAAUAUCCCUUGCAACUUGCGAGCGAGUAUGGCGAGAAAAACAGUCAGACGCACAACCGUUUGAAAUUCUGCUGCAAAUACUAUCGUUCAAGAAAAAAGGACGCUAAAUGCUACUCGAAAAAAGGAAAAAAAAAUGCAUCAAAUGCAUUACCGAAAUCGAGAAUGACAGCAGACGAAUUACGUGCGACACGAAGAUCAAGGCUGUCAGCAGCGAGAAAAGUGGAUACGAAGGAAAUAUUACUGAAGUGCCCUGAACUGCGGGAUAAGAAUGUGCUACUUUUGGAAUUCAGCGAAAUAGUAAAUUUAGAUGUCCCGAAAAUGCAGUCCAAUUGGGUGGAGCUACUACCAAAUCUGUUAAAAAUAUUGAAAGUUCCUGCCAAAAAUCUUUCGGUGGACGGGCAAACAAUGUAUGUCUUGUAUUAUUUGCCCAAAUUAUUUACAAAGGCAAAAGAGAAAGGCAAAAUUCUACAAUUGUUUCCUACUGGAACGUCAAUGGAAAAGAUUGUUCCUGGUGUGACAGAGGCCCCAAAACUUCUUGCGGUUUCCGAUAGGCCAUUAGACGAUCUACAUACAAUAUGCUACAGUGACGGACAGCCAAUUUUUGAAGCGAAAGGCCUCAGAGCCUUGCUGUUAUUGCUCGCUGUAUAUUGGGUUUUCCAAAUCAAUUUUCCACCAGAUGCUAAGCAGCAAUUUUCUUUCAUUGCAAUUGCUGUCUUGAGAGACGUGGCAACAAAAGAAAUUGAUAAAAGCAUUUUAACGAAAAUAACAUUGACAAAUGCUUUAAAACAAUGUAAUUUACUGCCAUCUGCAUCAUCUGAACAAUAAAUAU